AUGGUCCAAAUUACCCCCCUCCUCUGGCAGGUUCUUGUUACUGUCGCGCAAGCCCCUCCUGUCGCGCGCAACGUCCAAGCCAACGCCCUCGCCGUCCGUCAGGACUGCGACAACAGUCUAUCUUGCAUUUGCGUGUCGACCAUCGGAACCCAGCUUCAAACAUGCAUGGAUUGCCUUGUUACGGCUGAACCAUCUGCCUCGACAGACGCUGAUUCCGCCAUCGACAGCUGGAACGAAGCUUGUGGUGGAUCUCUUACUCUUCCCAGUGGACAGACUUCUACUUCGACAUCUGCUGCGAAGAGCUCUACUGCUACUGGUAGUAGUAGUGGCAGCAGCCCUUUCGUCACCAAGACUGGUGAUGCUAUGAGCAUAAAGACAGCUAUUGGGGCACUUGGCCUGAUCGUUUCCAUUGCUUGCGGUAUCAUCAUACUCUGA